CGGUCGGUACUCACAGUAGUCUGCGCGGAGAGAGUGUCCCCCGUCGAGCUGCGCGAUCGUAGCGUCGUCCGCGAACGCGGCGGCAAGGCAGCAAACAAGCCAACACCACGAGUGUACAUCUGCCAAGCGCCGUACAUUUUCCUCGCGACCAUCUCCACAGCGACUCCAUCCACACACCGUUUGCUCUCGUGACUGCUGCUCGCAUCCAGCCUCGGCUUGCUUCGAUAUACACCAAGCAUUACAUCCGUCACGUUUGGUGGUGUCAAGAUGUCCACUCAACCUCUCCUCCAACGCACCGCUGGAAAGCGCAUCGCGCUGCCUGUCCGAGUCGAGCCAAAGGUCUUCUUCGCCAACGAACGUACCUUCUUGUCAUGGCUCAACUUUACAGUCACCCUAUCUGCUCUGGCGGCUGGCCUGCUCAACUUUGGUGACAAGGUUGGCCGCGUGUCUGCUGCCAUGUUCAGCUUUGUCGCAAUGGCCAUCAUGGUCUACGCCCUCGUCACCUACCACUGGCGAGCUUCGGCCAUUCGCAACCGAGGAACAGGCCCCUACGAUGACAGGCUCGGUCCCACCAUGCUCAGCGUCCUCUUGCUCAUCGCCGUCGUCGUCAACUUUAUCCUCCGCUUCAAUGAUGCUGCAUAGGCUCGCGGUACAGUGCAAUAUUGGGAGAAAGACUUCUGGAAGCGGAGAUGGGGAGACGCAUGAAGGAGAGGGAUCCUUCUGUGUCUUGGUUUCCUGUCAUGUAAUCGCAUCCACCUUCAAGCACCAAUGACCACAGAUUGGUUUGCGCUUGAAAUGUAUGAAUCAAGAGACGCGAGCGAGAGCAAUCACACGAAACGAGGAGGUCCUGCAGUGGACAUUGAAAUGGACUAGGCGU